AUGGUUAUUAGGCAACACAACGUGGUGCCGGAGCGGGAUCUGGUGUCAAACAUUACUGAUGUGGCCCUCGCCUUCAUGCGAUCUGAUACCUUCAACAACCCAGAGCAAGAUGAAUGGCCGCUCUUUACCACUAUUGAAGACGUUCGGCCCAAGUUUGCUGAUGGCACGAUCAUCCAAGUUGCGAUUGGCGGAUGGGGUGACACAGAUGGCUUCUCGGCAGCGGCCAGAACAGAGGAAAGCCGGAAGCUAUUCGCUAGCAACGUCAAAGCCAUGCUCGACGCGACCGGUGCUGACGGCAUCGACAUGGAUUGGGAAUACCCAGGCGGCAACGGCGAAGACUACAAAACACCUGGCCAUCUCAACUCCAAUAAAGCUUGGGAGAUAGUUGCUUACCCCAAGCUACUAGCGGAAAUCCGCUCAGCAGUAGGGCCUGAUAAGACCAUCUCAGCAGCCGUUCCCGGUCUACCACGCGACAUGCUAGCCUUCACACCUUCCACGAUCCCCGCCAUCAUGGAAUCAGUCGAUUACCUGAGCAUUAUGACAUACGACAUGUUCAACCGUCGCGAUAACGUAACGAAGCACCACACUGGCAUUCAGAACUCGCUCGAAGUCAUCGAUGCAUACCUCGACGCCGGCGUACCGCCUGAGAAGGCGAACUUGGGACUGGCAUUCUACAUCAAAUGGUACAAGACCGCUGCGAAUGCGACAUGCAGUAUCAACCCCAUCGGCUGCGCGACAGAACUUAUGGAAGACCCCGUUACAGGCGCCGACCUGGGUAAAGCUGGCGCAUUCUCAUGGCACGAUUCCGUUCCCGAAGAACUGUCCGCAUCAUAUGAGCGUGCGAUGGAGAAGGGCGUGUAUGAUGAUGUUGGCGGUGGACAGUACUACUGGGAUGCUGAUGAGAACUUGUUCUGGACCUGGGAUACGCCUGAGGCUAUUAAGCGAAAGAUGCAGAUCAUCAUGAAGGAUAAGGGGCUUGGUGGUGUGUUCGCAUGGGGAUUGGGAGAAGAUGCACCAAAGUUCGAGCAUUUGAAGGCAAGUAAUGAGGCGGUGGCGGCGUUGGACGGAUGCAAGAAAGGGCGCAGAGAGACGUCUGGUGAGAGAAGUGAGCUUUAG